AUGGCUUUAUCAUCCAUUUUCGGUGGGGCCUCACCUUCACAGCAAAAAACCGUUUCCAGUGCUAGUUCCAAUGGAAUUACCGAUCAAUUAAGGAAUCAAAUCACGCAGGAAUUGGCUGUGGCCAAUGCAACAGAAUUGGUGAAUAAGGUUACUGAAAAUUGUUUCAAAAAAUGCUUAAAUAGCCCUUAUGCCGAUGGUAACGAAAACUGCGUUGACCAAUGUCUGGCAAAAUACAUGAGAAGUUGGAACGUAGUAUCGAGAGCUUAUAUUGCUAGAAUUCAGCAAGCUUCAACAUCUGGCGAUAUUUGA